AUGGGAAUGAAAAGAGGCGCUUUUAAACAUCAAAGGGCCCAGUAUCUCGCACUUGGGAGUUUUUGGAUCCAAUUCGUUUUGUUGCAAAACAGGCAAGGCAAGACUCGUCCAGCCAAAUACUAUGCUCCUCUCGAUGAUUCAGAGAAGCACAAGGUCGAAUAUGAGGUUCACCGAUUGGUUGUUAACAGAGAUCCAAAGUUUACCAAUUUCGUUGGGGCACUUUCGGUAAUCUACAGGCCAUAUGCUGGAUUGUUCUUCUCCUUGUGUGUUGACAUAACGGAUAAUGAGUUGGCAUACUCGGAAAGCAUCCAUUUAUUUGUGGAGAUAUUGGAUCGUUUCUUCAGUAAUGUUUGCAAGCUCGACUUGGUUUUUAAUUUUCACAAUGUCUAUCUGAUACUUGAUGAAUUCAUUCUUACCGGAGAGCAAAAAGGUCUGACGGUUACGACAAUCAUAAAGAGAAUGGGGGAGCUGGAGAAGCUAGAGUAA